CGGAACAAUUCCAACUCGGAUUAAUAAAUAAUAGUAAUAUAUGUAAACGCGCCUCUGCACGACAAUUGUCCGCCAUUAGAGUCAAUAAUGAUUACCCGCCAAAUAGCAUAGCAAUACCCCUGGCCCUGGCAUCCUUUUCCGAAACACAUAUAUGAACCGUCCGUCCAGAUCCACACUGCUAAGUUUCCAUUGCCUGGAGGCAGCUCCAUCAAAAAAUGAAAAGAAUCAUCCCUUCUUCUUCCAUCAUCAUCGUCGUCCAAUCAUCUUUUCUUCUUCUACUGCUACUUUUUUCGCUCACUCCAACAACGUCAGCUCAUUUCUUCCCCAACAUUUCCUCCAUUCCCAAAUCUCUAAUCCCAAACAAAACUUCUUGGGAUGCAUUUAAUCAGUUCCUAGGCUGCCACACGGGUCAGAAAGUGGACGGCUUAGCAAAGCUCAAACAAUAUUUCCAACGUUUCGGAUACAUUAACACUUCUCUCCUUAACUUCACCGAUGAUUUCGAUGAUUACCUGGGAACUGCUCUCAAAACUUACCAGCGAAACUUCAACCUUAACGAGACCGGUGAGCUCGACGCGCCCACUUUGCAGCACAUUACUCGCCCGAGAUGCGGCAAUCCCGAUAUCGUCAACGGUACUACUUCCAUGAACUCCGGCAAAGUAGCAAAUGCUAACUCUCUCCGCCCUCACACGGUUGCCCAUUACUCGUUUUUCCCCGGCAUGCCUCGUUGGCCGGCGGGGAAGACGGACUUAACCUACGCUUUUCUUCCGGAGAAUCAGGUGGAAGACGUUGUCAGAAGGGUGUUUGCAAACGCAUUCGACCGAUGGUCGGAGGUGACGACGCUGAAUUUUACCGAGACGGCGUCGUUUAGCCUUGCGGACAUCAAAAUCGGGAUUUUUAGUGGGGACCACGGCGAUGGGGAGCCCUUUGACGGGGUUCUGGGGACUCUGGCUCACGCGUUUUCGCCGCCGAGUGGGAGGCUACAUCUGGACGGCGACGAGAAUUGGGUGAUCGACGGCGAUUUUUUGAGUGCCCCGUCUUUGGCUUCAGCCGUUGACUUGGAGUCAGUGGCGGUUCACGAGAUCGGGCAUUUGUUGGGUUUGGGUCAUUCGUCGGUUGGGGAGGCGAUUAUGUACCCGAGUAUUGGGUCUGCCACCAGGAAAGUGGAGCUCACCAAAGAUGACAUUCAGGGGAUCCAGAUGUUGUACGGGUCUAACCCGAAUUUCAAUUGGUCAACAACUUUGACGCCCAGUAACGAGAGGGACUCCAACGGGUCCUGGGGCUUGAAAUCAUCACGGAUUCUUCUGAUUGCUGGGCUAUUCCUGUUGCCGAUUAUUCUAUUGUAGUAAAUUUCAUACUACCUAGUAGUAUUCUUUUACUCUCUCUACAUGAUUAUUUUAAAGGAUAGACACGGAUUAGGAGUAAUUCAGUGAUUACCGUUCAUUCAUUGUAUUUACAGGAGACUUUGCCCAUAUGUAUUUGUUUGUUGUGGCGUGUGGAAAAGUUGUUACAUUUCUAUGUGCAAAACGAGCAUGUAAAUAUUGUACUACUCCAU